CUGAUGCAAAGCCAAGACUAAAAUGGACACCAAAUCUUCACGAGAGAUUUGUUGAAGCUGUCAAUCGGCUCGGUGGAGAAGAUAAAAUACAGGCUAAGCAAGAAUCUCAACGGACAACCCAAUAGUGUUUCAAACAAGAUGGGUAUAAUGGCCAUGGCAGAUGAAAAGAGCCCUGAUACAAAUGAAAUUCAAGCUCAUAGUUUAAGCAUUGGGCCAGAGUCAAACAAGAACUUACCUAUAAACGAAGCCUUGCAAAUGCAAAUAGAGGUUCACAGAAGGCUACAAGAGCAACCCGAGCUCAGGAUAGAGGCUCAAGGAAAAUACCUGCAGGCGGUUUUGGAGAAAGCCCAAGAGACAUUAGGAAAUCAGAAUUUAGGUACAGAUGGGCUUCAAGCUGCCCAAGUUCAACUCUCUGGACUAGCAUCUAAAGUAUCAGCCGAAUACCCGAAUGAAAAUUUUCUAGAACCAAAGGACUUCCAAAGUCUACACGCUCAGCAAAUGCAAAGGACCUACCCUCCCAAUUGCUCCUUGAACGGUAGCAUGACCUCCCAAAAAGGAACCCAAACAAGCACCAAAAUGUUUAUGAACAGACUGGGAUUACGGCCAUAUCUUGGUGGUUCAACAUCAGCCCACGAGGACGUUACAGAAGAACCGUUGUUCCAACGUAUGGAGUUCACUUCGCCAGAAGGCUGCAGAGAGAAUAGACCAUAUCUUUCCAUAAUGGUUAACAAUGCAGAAGCAACAAUAUCUUCUUCAGAAGUAGGAUUGCAUGGGCAGAGAGGAAAUGGUGACACCGGAUAUACGGAAGAAAGAAUCAAGAAGGAUGAGGACUGUAAGUUUGAAACCCAGAACCAAAAGGGCAACUCAGCAACAGAGCUAGAUCUCAACACAAAUGAUGAAAACCAUGACAAAGCCCGUCCAAAACACUUCGGCUUGAAUGGUUUCAGCUGGAACUGAGAAGGAUCACCGAAGUCAAUAGAGUUUGAACUUUGAAAGGUCCGUGCCCGUUUCAGAGUUCGCCCCUAGAAGCUCCUUUGACAUCCCACAUCAGCCUGGUGACUCAUCUAACUCGAAUUCGUCAAUUCAAUCUCUAAACCACAAAAACAAAGACAUCUUGAGCACAAUGUACAAGCCAUUCAUUUGUAUAAUCCCCUAAAACAGACAAUUUCCUAGAUUA